GUUAAAGAAUGGUUACAAACGGUGGUGGACAAAUUAACAAAAGAAUGGGAGCCUGCCAAAUGUCAAUCACUUUUUACCGAAAGUGAACUUAUCGAAUUAUGUUAUCGAGCACGUGAAAUGUUUUGGAUGCAACCAGCUCUUAUUGAACUAAAUCCACCAAUAAAUGUUAUGGGCGACAUACAUGGACAAUUUGAAGAUCUUAUCGCAUUAUUCACUCUCAAUGGUUUUCCACCUGAUAAGAAAUAUCUCUUUCUCGGUGAUUAUGUUGAUCGCGGUCCAUAUUCACUUGAAGUGAUCGUAUUGCUAUUUGCUUAUAAAGUAUCAUCAUCGUUUUAUUCGGUGGUACUUUAUGAAUGUUUUCAAUUUGCAUUUUAUUGCAUGCCAUUUUGCGCUCGUAUAUCAAAAAUAAUAAUGUGCAUGCAUGGUGGUAUCAGUGAAAGUUUGGUCAACUUUUCUCAGAUUGCAAAAAUUCAACGACCAUGUGAUAUUCCGGAUAUGGGAUUGCUUGCUGAUUUAACAUGGGCUGAUCCUGAUCCGGCUGUAGCAGGUUAUGAAGAAAGUCCACGUGGUGCAGCAAGCGUAUUUGGCAAGGAUGCGCUAAAAUCAUUUUGUGAUCAGCUUGGAUUGGAACUUGUAAUUCGAGCGCAUCAGAUAUUACAAAAUCGUAUCCAAAUAGCUAGUUAG